GCGGCUCUUUGUGGAGAUGGCCGAUGUGAUGGUUGCUGAGGGCUGGAGGGACGCGGGCUACGAGUUCAUCUGCAUUGACGACUGCUGGAUGGCCCCGACGCGGGAUGAGCACGGCAGGCUCCAGGCUGACCCAAAACGGUUCCCCAGCGGGAUCCGCAAGCUGGCUGACUACGUCCACUCCAAGGGUCUCAAGCUGGGAAUCUACAGCGAUGUCGGGAACAAGACGUGUGCUGGCUUCCCUGGCAGCUACAACCACUAUGACCUGGAUGCCCAAACUUUUGCCUCCUGGGGCGUGGACCUGCUGAAGUUUGACGGCUGCAACGCUGGCACGCUGGAGCUGCUGGCAGAAGGUUACAGGCGCAUGUCUCUGGCCCUGAACAGGACUGGAAGGAGCAUUGUGUACUCCUGUGAGUGGCCUUUCUACCUGAGGCCCAUGCAGCAGCCCAAUUACACAGAGAUCAAACAGUACUGCAAUCACUGGAGGAACUUUUUUGAUGUCUAUGAUUCCUGGAGCAGCAUCAAAAGUAUCUUGGACUGGACAGCACUUCACCAGGACAGCAUCGUGAAGAUAGCUGGGCCAGGGGGCUGGAAUGAUCCUGACAUGCUGGUGAUUGGAAACUUUGGGCUGAGCUGGGAGCAGGCAGUGACUCAGAUGGCAAUGUGGGCUAUCAUGGCAGCUCCCCUCUUCAUGUCCAACGACCUGCGGCACAUUAGUCCUGAGGCCAAGUGGCUGCUCCAGAACAAAGAGGUGAUCGCCAUCAACCAGGACCCGCUGGGCAAGCAGGGAUACCAGGUCAUCAAGGACAAGAACUUUGAGCUGUGGGAGCGGCCCCUGUCUGGCCCAGCCUAUGCCGUGGCAGUGCUGAACCAGCAGGAGAUUGGGGGACCCCGAAACUUCACCUUCCCCCUCACCUUCCUCGGCAAUGGGCUGGCCUGCAACCCUGCAUGCUCCGUGUGGCAGGUCCUGCCAGCCAGCAGGGACUGCGGGGUGUACAGCUGGGUGUCCUCCCUGAGCGUGGAGGUCAACCCAACAGGCACCGUGCUGCUCAAAGUAGUGGCACUAUAGGAGGCACAGAGACAAUCUCCUUGUAAGGAUCAGGCUCUUUCUAAACUUCUUGUC